GGGUCAAGCGUCUGUCUUUGCCUCGCCGAGGUCUGGCUCCUCCUCGGGCCUGUAGCGUCGAGCAGGCCCCGCUGCACGGCUCGCUAGUGCUAAUGCUAAUGUUUGCCCGCGCCUUCGUUGAGCGGCUCCCCGCAGAACAAACCAUCUUUUCGGCCAAAAAAACCGAUUAGGGAUUAAUCCUCCGACCAGUUCUGGUUAAUUCCCAUGUGUUUUUAAUAAAACACUUGUAAAUCCUCAUCAAAAUCUAACGGGUAACAUCUUAUGUCUAUAUGUGGAUGGUGAAGUAACAUUUUAUUUUGAAAAGCUGCAACCAGAAAAUUUGACAUUAUUUUACAACGAUCAUUAAUAAUCAAGGAUAUGAUCAUGCUGUAAAUACGCAGUAUAGUUUUUUCCGGUUGAGUAAUCGAUAAUUGAUCUGAUCAAGACCAUCAUCCAAUAGAAAUAUCAUGGUGUCGAUUCAUCGUCUGGUAAAAACAUAAUUUGACCAGUGACUGUGUGAAUUUUGAGAAAAUGGUUUAAUGUCCAAUGUGACAAACUAUAAACCUAAUAAAUGUACAGUUUACUAUUAUGACAACUAGAGGAUGUCAAUUCACCAAGAAGUAACGUGGAUUCAAAAUAAUCAAUUAUCAGAAGUGAAAUCAAUAAUAGAAUCAUUGCAACCAUUACAAAUAAACACACAAAUGUAAUAUACCAAGCAUUAGCUGUGUUCUGCCUUUUUUCUGUUUUAUAUUAUGACAAAUUGGUCACAUUUUUCCUGUUGAUAUUUUAAUGAAUAUGUAUAACUGAGAUUUAUCAAGUUUGGUAAAAUGUGUGUUACGGCAGAUAAGAGCUGAGGUAGUAAAAAGCUAAAAUUGAAAUGGACAAAUAGGAGGAAUAAAUGCAAAUCUCAUGAUCAGUGCCUCCCUUAGACGACCCAGAUCCCUCUAGGAUGCCUGGAUUGAAGUAUUUUUAAUUUGACUAGGAAAUAAUUGUCCUCUGCUUUGUAUUCUCUUCUAUUGAAUUACAUCUGGCCACUGUGCAGGUAGGAAAUGUCCUGCUUCUCAGGCAAGAUGAAGACAUCACAACCAUCUAAUGAGAAGGUCUAAACAUGAGUGAUUGACAGUAUUCAUUAAUUCUCAACAAUGUGGACACGUGGAAAUUAUUGAACACACUAAAGAUAUUGUUUGAACCCAGUCUUAUCUCAGUAUGUGCCUUUUCUCUCAUAAUCCAUCAUUAGCUCAGUUGUCCCUGGGGACACAGACUCAGUGUAAACAUGGCUUGGUGGGUCUCCUUGUUUCUAUUCUUUGCACAACAUAUCUGUAUUUUUUUCCAGUGACUCUCCCUUGCCUGUGACUUCACGUGUCUGUUUUGUAAAGUUCCUUGAGUCUGAAUCGGUGGGAGUCUCUCAACACCUGACGAACACCGUCUUCGUGGACCGAGCCCUGAUCGUGGUCCCCUUCGCUGAAGUGGACAAGUCAUUUGCAGAGAGCCCCUUCCCUGCUGGCUGAAAGUGGUCCACUGCUGCCAUCAGGAGAUUAGAAAAAAAUAAUGGCACCAGGCUCGCAAGCUGCCUUCUCUCUCUUGUUCUGCAGUAAAAUAUUAACUCUUUAUUUUUCUCUCUCUGUUCAAGGCAUCUUUUCUUUGAAAAUAAGAAUAGGCACUUGACUCUUAAGUCAAUUGAGGGGGUUGGGGACAGGGUGCAGGGCAAUCGCAAUUCCUCACGUUCAAGUAUUUCAAUUUUUUCCUCAAAUUAAAUGUGGACAAGUAGCCAUGCAGCGACCUAGGGAUGCCCCGAGCAGAUCUGAAUCGAGAUCCCAUCAAGGCCUUAAAAAAAAAAAAUAGAUCUACUGUCAAGCUUGAACCAUUUCUUAUCCUGUAUUUAUAUUUUUCAACCUUUGUCUAAUGUGUUAGUCUGGAAAAACCAGACUAACAAUCACUUCACCUCUAUUUCAGCCACAGUUUGCCAUCACACAGCACUGACACUGAUAUCUUGUGCCACAUAAUAGGAAAGCAUCAAGUACUCUGCACUGACACACAGGUAUUUUCAGUAACUGGCUGAUUAGAGCUGUUUUUUGGUUCAAGUUGGACCGGGCUCAUGGAGGAGUUUGCUGAUGUAAUCAACUCCAGGUGUCUUGCUCAAAUAUGUGCAAGAAAACUAAGCAGGCGAGGGAGAUGUCAAUCAUUCUUACAGGCCCACACUGUCCUGAGGGGGGAUGCAAUCAGCCAAACAUGCUAGAAAACCUGUGACUUUACUGUGGGAAUCCCUUUUUUUUUUUUUCUUCUUCUUAAUGCAGAGCUGUUCAGAACUCCCCUGACUGUUCAGCCUGAGUAUACAGUACAAAUACAAGCUAAAAGAAAAAAUAUAAAUACUGGAUUAAGGCUUGGUAUUGGGAGAUUUUUAUUAACUUACACUGGCAAUAAAGGGGAAAUGUUCGGGACCUCCCUACACCACAACGCAUGCAAGAUAAAUUACCUAAUCAGCCCUGCAUGCAAGACUAGAUUUCCAAAGUGUGAUCACACAGUCGAUUUUGUGGAAGUAAAUAAGCAUAUAAUUUGGUUAUUAAUUAUAAGCGCACAAGCUGCCUUUGGCUUUUACUUGCUUCAUGUGCCAAAGCAUCAUAGUAUUUUAGACUGUGCAUUUGUGUUCCCAAAUUUCCACUAACAUACAAGCUAAAAAGAAGUGUUAUCAGCCUCUGCUUGAUGUUGCAGUAAAAAUGCAUUUUUUUUUAUUGACCCUCUCCACACAUAACUCUGACAGAGUUGAGUAAAUCUCACGUUUAACAGUGGUGUUUCUUUUGUUGUUGUGUUUUACAGUUCUUUUUCCUGGUUCAGCCAGCCCCCUAUAUACCAGGCCCUGCUGAAAAUGCCACCAACAGUUUUGUCUUCUGCAGCCUUAUCCUGUUCUCAAGUGUCUUUUCUGUUGUGUGUGUGUGUGCGCGUGUGUGUGAGCGUGUCUCUCUCUCCCCCCCUCUCUCUCUCCCCUCCAUUUUUUUCAAAACCAUGUAAAAAUGUCAGUUUAAAAAUAGGCCGUUUUCAGAUUGCACAACCAUGGAUGAUCGUCUCCUUUUAAGAUUUUGCUGUUCAGUCUUUCUUCAGCUUUGGGCACAUUUUCCAUGAUUUUUGCAGGCACAAGCCCAUGACUGUUUAGUGCAGAUUAUCUUGGACAUUGUGUAUUUAUACUGUGACAUACUGUUGGCUAACACCAGUUCUGAAGCUUAGUAGUAUGAGUAUUUUAUCAUGUUGCAAAUCAGCCUUUUUGUCUUUGUUAUUCUGGUGGUAUUGUACAAAGUAACCACAAUCAAAUCCCAGAAAAGGUAAAAUGACAACCUUUUCUGUUGUUUUAUUUGUAUUGGUAGUGGUAAGUGAUGUUGAAAUGUACCCUUGUGUCUACACCCAAAUCAUGAACUUUGUUUUCUGUAUCUCAAUGUUCUUGUGUACUUUAUAGCGAAGCAGCCGGCGCGAGUCGCUUGUUCAUAAAACAUCUAAUGAAAGUUGAGAGCACAUCCCACGGGACAACUGGCUGUGCUUGCUUACGUUUGGUUCAUGACUUAAAAAACAAGUACAGGUGAUAAAAUCUUGGCAGUGUUGACCAGUGUGUAUUGUGACUUUUAGACUCAUAGCUGCUAAUCCUACAAUCAUACUUUGACACAAAAAAAAGUCAGGGAUCAAGAUUUACAGACGAGACAAAGUGGUAUUAUUAUUUAUUUUUAUUUUUCACAAAAGUGUAGUUAGACUAAGGAGGCUUGUCUGCAAGUCUUGAGUGUUUAUUGAUCAUAUGCUCUGAGUAUAUACUGAAAUGCUGCUGUUUUUCACCAGGAGUCAUUCCUGAUGAAUCUAAAGCUAUGUCGCUGCUGGCUCCAGCCAAUGCCGUGGCAGGAAUGAUGCCUGGUGGAGGCCUUCUCCCAACACCCAAUCCUCUGGCAUCAAUGGGCGGUACUCCAUUUGGAAGUCUGGGAGCUCCCAACAUGGAGCAAAUGGCUGCCAUGGGAAUGCAGGGCCCAAACAUGAACCCCCAGGCUCUCUCUGCAGAUUUUCUGAAGCUCAUGCAGUCCAUGGAUCCCAAAUUGAAUUCAUUAGCAGCCGGACUGAACUUGAAUGCAGGGAUGAAGAAUGACGCCUCCAACAAGGAGAUUGAAGAGGCUAUGAAGAGAGUCCGAGAAGCUCAGUCUCUCAUUUCUGCAGCCAUCGAACCUGGAAAUAAGAAAGAUGACAAGCGUAAACAUUCCCGCUCCCGUUCACGCUCUCGGCGCAGGAGAACCAGAUCUCGCUCAAGACACAGACGUUCGAAGAGCAGGUCUCGGCGAAGGUCCCAUUCUCGUAGUAGGAGGAGGACCAAGAGCCCACGAAGGAGGAGGUCCCACUCCCGGGAGAGGAACCGCCGCAGCAGGUCGAGGGACAGGAGAAAGGAGGAGAAGUCUAAGAAAAGGUCCAAAACGCCUCCUAAGAGCUACAGCAGCGCCAGGAGAUCUCGAAGCAUCAGCCGGAGACAUAGGCGAAGCCGCAGUGCGUCUCGCUCCCCCAAGAGGAAGGUGUCCCGGUCUCCAUCACCCAGACGUCACAAGAAAGAGAAGAAGAAGGACAAGGAGCGCGAGAAGGAGCGGGACAGAGACAGGAAGGAGGACAGGGACCGCAUUAGAGACGAAAGGGAACGUUCCACCAGUAAAAAGAAGAAGAGCAAGGACAAGGAACGAGAGCGAGACCGAGACCGAGAACGCAAGUCAGACAGCGAGAAGGGAGACGUCAAGGUGACCCGGGACUAUGACGAGGAGGAACAAGGUUAUGACAGCGAUAAAGAAGUGGAGGAUGAUGACGACGAGAGGAAGAGCGACUCCGACUCGGCCUCGUCUCCCAAAGGCCAAGAGGAGAUGGAGCGUUCCGAGGGUCAGAUUCCCAAGAAGUCCAAACAGAACGGAGACGAUCACCAUCAGGAAGACAUGGAGAUGAGUGAUUAAACACCCCCCCCCCCCCCCCCCCCACCCCCUUCCCCACGAGAAUGAUCAUGGCAACGUUCUCUUCCCACUGUCCUUUUUAUAUUUUUUAAUAUCUGCCACAACAUGUCUGUGUCUGAUCACAAGGUUAAAAAAGAUUUGUUGUCUUAGCUGUAGAUGCCUUGGGGGAGGAAGGGGUGUGUAGAGUUAACAGUCCAUUCAGUUUUGUAAAGACGUGAGAAAACGAGGACUAAAAUAUGAAUAACACAAGACCUGUUUUUAAAUUGUCUUCAUGUACUUUUUUAAGAUCCUGUUUAUUUUUGCUUUGGGUUGAGAUGUUGUCUUCCUGACAGUAGAAUACGCAGCGUUUUCCUCUGAUCGGCUGCAUUUGUAAAUAUUUUACUGGUCAGGUCUGAAUCUUUCCCUCAGACGGUUAGUGACGCAGCACCAGCUUCCUGUUCCUUUUAUUUUCCUCUUUGGUUGCAGAACCAUUUUUGCUUCAACUGUUAUGCACCCAGUGGUUGUUCAGCUGACCCUCCUAUUUACAGCGCUUUGUUAUUGUACACUGUAGACUGAAUAUGUUGCAAUGAAAUACUUUGUCUGCAAUAGGUUUUCCAAAGGAAACAAAUAAAAUUUGAUCCGACUGUC